CUUUACAUUUGUCUAUUAAAAGAGCUUUGAGAUGGAAAGAGGAUCUUCGAAUGCACUCAAUGCGAAUUCUGUGAAAGAUACAGGGAAAAGUGAAGACCUCAAGAGCGGAGCAUCUUGUAGCGCUGAAGUAAUCGUGGAUCAGUGGAUUGAUGUUAUGUUUAUCUGUAGCGAGUGGGGCUCCUCGAAAGGUGGAUUAUCAACGUUUAACAGGGAAAUUGCUGUGAAUCUAGCGAAGUAUUCGAAAGAAAGAAUUAAGGUUCACUGCUUUGUUUGCCAAAGCACAGAAGAAGAACGAAAAGAUGCGAGCAGCAAUGGUGUCCAUUUAAUCACAGCACGGCGCCCUCCCGGAUCCAGUGAUUCACUUGAAUGGAUUCGAAUUCCUCCACCAGAGCUUCGUAAUCCUAACAUCGUCGUUGGCCACGGUAGGAAGUUUGGUGGUGCGGCUUAUUCCAUUCAGCAAAUAACAGGUUGUAAGUGGAUACACUUUGUUCAUGUGUAUUGCGAGGAUCUUGGAAAAUUCAAGCUGGAAUGCAAUGUUACGGCUGAUGCAAUUGCAGAUAACGAAGAGAAGAACAAACGAGAACUGGAGCUGUGCAAAGCAUCUAACUUAGUCGUUGCAGUAGGCUCCCUACUACAAAGAAAAUAUCAAAGAAGUUUGCCAGAUUUUAAAGUAGAAGUCAUUACUCCAGGGAUUUUCGAAAAGUUUGUCAAUCCAACCACAAGGCCGCGUGAAUGGAUGAAAUUUGAAUCAUCAGGAGAAGACGAGUUUCGUAUCUUCAUGUUCGGUCGGGGAAGCUUUGAGGACUUUGAACUGAAAGGAUACGAUAUAAUCGGUAAGGCUGUGGCCUCAUUGCAAAGAAGAUUCGAGCUCACUUUUGUUGGUGCACCACAAGAUCAACAACGGAAGAUCGAAAAAUGGUUCCUGGAGGAAACGAAAAUAACUCGGAAUCAACUAACCAUCAAAGGCUUUUGUAAUUACAAAGAAACGAGAGAGAUAUUUCGUCAAGCGGAUGCAGUUGUGAUGCCAUCCCGCACCGAGGGCUUCGGUCUGGUUGCCCUGGAGGCCAUAUCGGCUGGUGUGCCUUUACUGGUCUCCAGGGAAUGUGGGAUAGCCAAAGCCCUCCAAACUGUGGAUGGUGGGAUGGCUGUGGUCAUCCCCUCAGCUUCACCAGAGGAAUGGGCAAACAGAAUCCAAGAGCUAUCACAACAAUCACCAGAUGAGAGAUAUGCCUCCGCUGUGCGUCUGAGAGAGAAUUAUGGGAAGAGGUACCACUGGAAGGAAGAAAGUGAAAAGUUUAUGAAGAUGAUUCUGCAGUUGGCUCCCAAUCCCUCUCCUAAGGAGACUAUAAUUACAGGUUUGCUUUUGUAAUGAUAACUGUAAUGUCUAAGUCAAUGUCAAUUUCAAAGAAUGUUUGCACCAUGAGAAUUACAGCUACUGACUUCCCCAAGAAAGAUUUAUUCCUUUGUAAUAGAAACAAUUGUGUUACUUUCAAGUGCAUACCUAUUAGAUGAUCAGGAACUGUCUCCAAUUCUUGUUAUUGGUCACUGAAGGUUGCUACUCAUUAAUGCCCUUACUGUCAUUUUUUAAAAAAUAAUCAAGAGAGAGAUCACUUAUUUAAGACAUUUUUUUGCAAGAUUACUAAUUGUAUUUCCUUGAAUAAGAGCCCAUGUUCAAAUAAGUGCCCCCCCCCCCCAAAUAAGCAUUCACCACUUAGACUGUAAUUUCCAAAAAGCACCCCCUCGAAUUUCUGCCCCCCCCUCCUCCCUCAUUUUGUUAAAAUAGUAGGGAUACAAUGAAAACCUGUUUCUAUUGCUGCUUCAUUUAAUUGUAACUUUUAGGACUUUACCUAUAGUGGAAUCAGUGCAGGAGAAUAGUUUCUUUACCAUUCAGUUAUUUUAAUCUCCACGUGAUUGAAGAGUUCUGUUAGGUGUCUAAUCUGUUCUUUUUAAUUUCAUGCCACUAAGCACCUUCCAUCCAGGAAGUUACCCCCCCCCCCCUUGCAGGCACUUAUAGGAGGAAAUAUGGCAUCCUGAAAUUAAAUUGACUUUAUUUAUUUCCUUUAUUUCCAGGAAAGGUUCCUUGUAGUUCAAACAAUAAAGAACAAACACAAAGGAAGGAGGUUUUGACAGCAAAAGGUAAAUUUUGGAUGAUAAUUGUAAAAUCCAUGAGCAAUGAGUAAUAUUUGCUUGGAAGGACACAGGUCUAAAAAAAAUCAAAUUAUUUAUAAAAAUUAAUAUUUUCAUGAGUAUUUUUACAGCAUACACAUCAAUUUAACAAUUUUGUGAAGAAAGUAGAAUUGUGUCAUCUAAAAUUUUGCAAAGUGUUUUGCACCAUCAGUUCAAAGCUUCAACAUCCCUCCCACAGGCAACACCUUGGGUAACCUCACCGCCAUUUGCCCAAUUGGGUUGCCUAGAAGGGGGUAAGAUGUUGAAGCUUUAAAAUGAUUGGAAGCCAAUUUGUUCUGAUCCUUUGGACCCUGAUCCAUAAGUUUGCUCACCGUAACAAAAGAGACGUAAAUCCUUCAUCAGUCAGUGUAACCAGAUUUAUUCGAAGUAAAUUUUCGUGGUGAAAUGAGAAAGGGUUUUCACCAGCGAGCAUGACAAUACAAUGACAAUCCCUAAAUCACAUGGAAAAUCAAUACCAUGAUACCUUGCUACAAUGCUAAACUGUGUGGUAACGCUAGACGCAUGACACGCGUGACAGAACACAAUUAUAUGUAGGCUAGCCAUGAUGUCAGCUUAUCUGAUAAAUAUUUCUCCUCACUUUCUGAAGGUGAUCUUGCACACAGUGGCCUAGAAGUUGGCAAAAGAGAUGGAAGGGAACAAAGUGAGUCUGCACCAGGUGGGUGAAUGAACAUUUAAAAUUGCAGGUUAUACCCUAAUUUGGUUCUUUUCUUAAAAAUAAGUCUGCAUGAUAUUGUUUGAACUGUACAACAGUUCUCUGACAGUCAGAGGGUACAGUUACAAAAUACUACUGUAACAUUUAAUGCUUAAUUGUUGUUGAAAGAUUGUAUAAAAGUCUGCUGAUAUUUUCUGUUAAUGUUGCACAGCAUUUAAUGGUGAAAAUUCUGAAAGUUCUAUGUUUUGACACAAAAUCUUCUAUUAAACAAUACUUUUUUGACAUCUAUUUACUCAAACACAAUAUUUGCUGAGCCUUAGAAUCUUCAGAAUAUCAUUAGGCUUUGCUUGAAGUCCUUUGUUUUCACUUUACAGCCUCAAUUUGCAUCUUAAGGGAAUCGUAGUGUUGUUGACUCAAAAACUUAUUUUACUGCUUUAAGACCUGGAUGUUUAUUAUUUUCCAGGCAGAGUAUUUUAUAGCAUCUUUACUUUUCAUUUUGUGUUCUAGAAGGUCUAACAUAAUCAGAAAGGUACGGAAAAUUAGACUUGAAAAUAUUGGAUUAUUUCUUGUCCACCACAUGGCAUGGGCAGUUAUGGGUGGUUCAGGUGUCAAUGUUUAAACUGAAAAAUUCUUAUUCCUAUCCUCAGCCUUACAGAUAUGUAAAUGCAUUACUUUUGUAUUUUGUCCUGUGUAUAAGAUCCAGACACGUCAGACAAAACAGCACAACAAACAAGAGAAAGAAGGACAGGUGGGCAAGUGGAAGGUACAUAUAUUUAACUCAUUUUGUAGAAUGCCACAAAAAAAUGCAAAUUAUUUCUUGUUAUUGUACCUUUUGUAGACCCAAUUAAGUGAGGAUAUUUGCAUAUGCUCUUCAUCAAUAUGAGGAUAUGAUUAAAUCAUUUUGACCACUGAUGGAGACAGUUUUUUUCCUUUGGUUUGUGAACAGUAAACAGCUGCCUGCUUUCAGCAGAAUUGAAUGAUAUGAAAACUAGAAGCUGUUUAAAACUAAUUAAGAAUUAUUCUGAGUUAACAUACAGCAGUUAUCAUUCAGUAUGCAUGAUUUUAAUAGUUCCUUGAGGCGACAUUUUCUUGGAAACCCAACAUCAGCUUGUUGUUCAAUUUUAUUGAACAAAUAUUCUACCAAUCCAACAUUUUUUGUAGCAGUGAAAUGAUCCAAGGAAUUAUAAAUUGUACAAAACAAUGAAAACAGUUAAAAAAAAGAAAAAUGGCUGCAUAGGGCUAUUAUAUAUUAUAGAGGUGUAUGCGUUGCAAUUUAUGAAUAUCUUAAUUCAGUUUUCACUGCAGAUCAAGACACCUCAAAUAAAACAAGAGAAAAAACAAAGGGAGACAAGAAAAAAGUUCAAGCUGCAGGUAUGUAUAUUAAUUGCCUUUUUAAAAUUUUAUUAGUUACAUAAUUCUAAUUAAUCAGUUGGAACCCAGGGAUAAUUUUGAUUGCUCAUACUGUCAUCCAACUGGUGAAAUAACCCAGCUUUUUCUUUAUUUUGUGUAUUGAGUCUACAGCUACUUAACUAUAUAGUUUUCUGCACUUAAGUUAUAAGAAAAUUAAAAGCUCUUUAAAAUUGAUUAAGAUAUUCUUGUUUCGGUCUUAAUAUAUACCAAGUACUCUGAGAUGACCAUCUCCACUCAAUGCUAACAAUAGAAAACCUCUUGACUGUGACUAGUGUAAAUGCUAGGUGUCCUGUGCACUAGGCCCAGUCUGCGCCGAGGUGUUGUCAUUCGACACUAGGUCAAACCUCGGCAUAUACGUGCUUUUAUCGCUUGUUAUUUUCGCCUUUAUUUCUCGGAUAAGGAUCGUUUAACUAGUCUCGCAUCGAAGGAAUAGAACAUUACGGAAGCAUUACGGAUAUUUCAGCAGUUUUCAAGGUUACGGAUAGAGACAAUUGCUUGUUUGUAAGGAUUUCUUGUACGGUAUUGUAUUCGAACGGUGUGCUGAGCGUAGUUGAUCGGAUCGAAUAAAACGUGGAAUUGACAUCGAAUUGACGGCUGUUACAACUAGAAAAGCGCAAUUUCAUUUUCACUGACCUAAAAUCAUCAUUGAUAGUACUUAAAGAAGGUCAUGAUCAUAACUUCAGUGUUUUCAUUCUAUGCAGCUUUAGACACUUCAAAUGAAACAAGAGGACAAACACAGGGAGACACGGAAGAAGUGCAAGCAGCAGGUAUUUAAUAUUUGUCUACUUGCAGGAUCCUUUAGGUAAACAAAAAACUCCUGUAAAGGAGUGUUGUCAAUGCCAGCUGUGAGCACAGGCAUCCCAAGCUCACGUCUUCAGAAACUGGAGCAGAAACGUCAGUGAAUAACUUCCUUAGACUAGUUCAUUUUCUUCAACUUAAAACAGCAUGUAUGCCACAGCAUCUUCCAGUCUAAUACUAUGACCAACUACUGUAUUUCCUCAUGUUAGCGCUCACGUUCUAAGAAGUGCCCUCCCCCGAGGCCAUUAUAUCAAACAACCUCCCCCCUAGAAUUAUCACUUCUGCUUCUCCCCCACUUUCCUAAAUAAAAGGAAAACCUGAUUCUGUUACCACUUUAUUGAUGACUUUUUAAGCUUCAACUUAACUGCUAAAUAAGUACAGUUUAUAAUUUAAUUCUUACUGAACACCCUUCUCGAUUAAGCAACUUCCUUCCACUAAGUGCCCCUCCUUCUAACCAAAACUUUAAAUAAUUCGCACCUGGACACCACUUAAUGUAUGUAGAACUUCUGUAAAUAUUCUUGCUUUGCUUUCAACUUAUAGGGAAAUGUAUGGAAAUACCUGUAGAACUACAUUAUCCCAACACUUAUAAAAGCACUAUUUGAGUAAACUUCAGAAAGAGAUUGAGUGUGUAGAUAAAGCCUUGAAGCAAUGUAGAAGGAAAUGAGUUAGUUCUCAAACCAAAAAUGAUUUAAUUGGUAAUCAAAGAAGAGCUUAAUUUACUUGCAGUAUUCAUGUUGGCUUGUGGGUCAUUUAGCACUUGGAUCAAACGAUAUUAAUGUUUGUGCUUGCCCUACUCUUUCUUCUACAACACUUCCCACUCUUCUGACUUUUUCAAUGAAGCUUAGAGGAGGCAAAAUAUUCUCUCGCUUCUACUUAGCACUAAUAUAGUAAAUAUGUUCCACAUUUGAGUCUUAACUUGUGUUUUUCUUUUUGUUCAUGAGAUUCAGCUACUGUGACAAAAUACUGUUGGACGUACUCAGGCAUGAAUUAUUGGGUCAUAUCUAUAAGCAGUGAACUUACGCACGUAACAAUGAUAUGCGCAUUUGAGGUUGUGAGUUUUGUGUGGCUUUUGAACAUGUAACUGCUUGGUUUACAGUGGAGUAUUAAAGUAAGUGUUUUUAACUUAAACUCAUUGUUGCAGGUACAGCUACAUAUGUUUCAACAAAACGAACACAGAGAAAUAGAAAAGAAGUUUGGACAGCAACAGGUACAGUUGUAGAAGGAAGACACCACGUGUCUAUUAGCAAUUUAUGUACCGCAACCAAUAUGAAAUAUGAAGGGGGAAGGGGGGUUGAGGAGAACGUCUUGGAUAAAACAACAAGGAAGGACUACAGGGGAGGGACUGGGACUCCCUAGGAAUAUUAGACUUUUUCCUUUAAUUUUAUGUAACAUUCCUAUUUUGUUGCCUUGGUUUAAUCCCCUUUAAUGCCAAAAUUGAUCAACAUGUAAUUUCUCAUAAUAUUGUCGUUUAAAGCAUCAUCUUGCAAAAAGGGAGCAAGAUUGAUUUUAAGGACAGAAAGGAACAUUGAAACAAUGUGGAAGUGAGACAGCACAACGGACGUUUAGACAUCCAUCAUUUGUUGUCUUUUAAAUGGAAGUCUGUUUGCAGGAUUCCAAACUAGGUAGCAUUCCAUAGUGUGAUAUUUCUCUCUUUUCUCCGAUGAAAAAGGUCCAAACACUUCUUUAAAGAGUAAAACAAUUGAUAGUAUAGCCGCAAACGCUAAUCACUCGUAUUUCAAACUUUACUAGAACAAACUUGACACAUUGUUGAAUACGGUAACUGAAAAUGACAAAAUUACAAACACGCGAAUGAGCAUAAAAUAACUUACAUCGUAUGAGUGAAAGUACUGGAAAACGACAAAGCGAGAUAAACAAGGAUACUUACAAGACGAAUGUGACCAAACCAAAGACGAAAACAUGAAACCCAGAGCUAGAUAUGUAACGACAAUUUUCGCAAACUAGACAACUAACCAAAUAAAUUACGCGCAACCAAUAUAUAUACCAUAUGCAAAUAAAUAUAACAAGUACAAAACUGGUAACUGACAAAGGACACUAAUGGAAGACGAGAAAAUAAUCACCUAACACGAAACUAUGAAACACCAACACUAACAAAAAAUGAUAAUACAAAUUCUUGCGCCUACAGAUAGGAAUAAACAAACAAAGUCUGUUCAAGGUGAGUAAACUUUACAACGCUUGUCAUUCGAUUAUAACUGUCAAUAAACUCUAAAAACAAAGAAUAAGGCUGGUCGGUGAACAUUGCAAACUAGUGAUUCAGAAGUCAUAGAACGUGAUUGAUCUUUGUAAGUUUUCCAAAAUUCCAAGGCUAUGAAGAAUUAUUUUCUGUAGCAUAAGUUUGAUAUUCUGUUUGUAAAACUUUGAGAAACUGAAAAUAAAGCGAGUCGAGGCUUCACUUUAGCUGUGUUGUUAACAGGAAGUUGCGACUAUUUUUGAUUACUAAUCGUGAUAGUAGACAGAACAACUUGGCUGAAUACCAAAGUGAUGGCUCACAGGCAUGUUCAAUCACAACCAGAACUUGACACAAUUAACGCAAUUAAUAUCGACGAAGCUUCGACCGCACGUUUAGAGAUCAGUAGAGCGAAUUACCAUUAGUUCUGGUGAGAAGUGUCUAUCAUAAGAUCAAGACGGGUGUAACAAACUAAUCUAGAUUUUUUAAUUACUCAAUUCAACUAAAUAAGAAAUUUCUCUUUGAACAAGGUCCACAUUGAUAACAGUUCUUGAACUGAAACCUUUACUUGGUCUUAAUUUUCCCCUCAAAGUUACUGGUUCCGUCACAACUCUCCCCUCUCUACACCCUUCUUGCAUAAUUUUGCAUUUCUUAAUUUCUUUUCAAAUUGUUUGAUUUUAGGUGACACUUUUAUGGGCUAGGUCAACAUAUCAAACAAGAACAUUACCCCUCCCCCCAUCCUUAAUCGAAUAAUUAUCCUCUCCUUGUCUCUCACUUUCCAAAAUAAAUGGAAAACCUGAUUCUAUUACCACUUUAUUUAUAACUUUAUUAAGCCUCAACUACAGCCAAAUCAGAACAGUUUAUAGUUUCAUUCUAAAACACCCCCUGAAUUAAGCGACUUGCUUUUAAUAAGCGCCCCUCUUUUUAGCUAUAACUUGAAAGAAUUCAUGCCUGAGUGUUUGUUCGAGGUAAUGCAUGUAAAGUUAUCAAAUGUGGUGAAGCAAAGACCCUCGUGUACCAGUAAUUUCUGAUUGGGAUGAAGCUAUAUAAUAUAUGUAGUAUUUCUGUAACGGUUUCUGGUCUUUCUGCUUUACUUUCAACUUAAAAGGAUAUGUACGGAAAUACUUGUAGAACUUUAUCAAUUAAAGUACUAUUUGAGAAGGAAUGAGUUAGUUCUCAAAAAAAAAAAAAACAAUGGUGAUCAAAGAAGAGCUAUUUACAUGUAUUCACGUUUGCUUACAGGUCAUCCAGCACAAAUGGAUCAAAAAUAUCAGUAACGAUUUUCCAUGUAUCUCUUUUCUACAAAUUUCUCGUCGCUCUAAUGACUUUUUUAAUGAAGCUGAAAGGAGGCAAAAGAUUCUCUUACUUAUACUUAUAGUUAGCACUCAUAUAGCAUAUGUGUUUAAAAUUUGAGCCUUGCCUGUGUUUGGUUGAUUAAAUGAGUGCAUAAUUUUUUAUUUUUUCAUAUUCAUCAGAUUCAGGUAGAGCUCCAUGUGAUUCAACAGAAGAAGAAUUGAAACAUAAAAAGGAAGUCUCUGCAGCAAAAUGUAGGGCUGUAGAAGGUAUAUACUAUAUGCCUAUUAGCAAUUUAUGUAUUUCAACUAUUUUUGGAACUGGGAAAUAUGAAAGGAUGGGCAGAGGGGAGGUGGAUGUAGAUUAAUACAGAGCAGGAAAUUACGGAAAAGAAGGAACUGGCAGUACUGAUAUUAGACUUUGUACUCUUAAAUUGUGUAACAGUUGUAUUCCAUUUGUUUGGUUUCAUUCCUUUACUACCCAAUGUUGACCAAAGUGUAAUUUCUCACAACAUCUUAAUUUAGAGCCUCUUCUAGCAAGAAGGGGCACAAAUUUGUUUUUUGGAUAGAAAAUUGGGUGAGUUGUAAAACACAAGAAAACCUGCCACGAUAUGUUUUUUUUGUAACUGUCAAUAAACUUUAAUACCAAGAACAUAGCUGGUCGGCAAAUGCUGAAAAUUAGUGAUUUAGAAGUCAUAGAACAUAAUUUUCAUAUCCUGUCUGUAACGCUUACGUCAACUGAAAUUCAAUUAAAUAUAGACUUUGCUUUAGGCGUUUUGUUAACAAGCUGUUGGGACUUUUGUUGAUAACAAUCUGUCACAAUUAUUUUGAUUACUCGUAUCGAGAUAAGCAGCCAUUUCCAGUAGAAGUUUGAAACGAUAUAACCUCCUCGUGCGAGGUGAUUUUAGCGAGAUAUGACGCAAUCCUUGACCAACCAGAGUGCAUGCAUCUCUACAGUCACCAGAGGAAUUAUACCUAUCAGUCAUUAUUAUUAUCAUAAUUAGUAUUACUAUAAUUGUUAUUUAUACAAAUUUUCUUGUUACCUAUUUUUCCUCCUAACGUCGCUAGUUCCAAAAUACAUCUCAUGUCUCUACACCCUCCUUGGAGUUUAAUGCCAAUCUUAAUUUCUUUUCACAUUGUAUGUUUUUAGGCGACACUUCUGUGAGCAAGGACAACAGGGAAUUGAAUCAGUUACACUCUGCCGAAGGAGUCAGUGACGUCACUGAGAUGAAAUAGACACUUCCUCCUGGAUUUCCAGGUGACUCCAGGAACGCAACAGGCAGAACGUCGCUGAUGAAUGCUGCUUUGAAUGGCAACGUUCACGCGGUGAAGAGUAUAAUGAAAAGGGGAGCAGACCCAUCCCUGAUGAGCAACACAGGAUGGAACACCUUACAUUAUGCCGCAGCUGGCGGAGACACUAAUAUUAUAUCUCUAAUCCAUACUCACCUGCCCAUCAUUGACUCAAAAACAACUGAGGGUAUCACGCCACUAAUGAUAGCGGCUGCCAAUGGCAAAUUACAUGCAGUGAAAUGGUUUCUUGAGAAGGGGGCAACUGUAACCUGUGAAAACAAGAGAGGAUGGAACACGUUACAUCAUGCCGCACAACGCGGAGACACUGAUAUUAUAUCUCUAAUCUAUACUCACCUGCCCAACAUUGAGUCCGAAACAGGCGAGGGUUCAACGCCACUAAUAGUGGCGGCUGGCAAUGGCAAAUUACAUGCAGUGAAAUGGUUUCUUGAGAAGGGGGCAACCGUAACCUGUGAAGACAAGAGAGGAUGGAACACGUUACAUCAUGCCGCACAACACGGAGACACUGAUAUUAUAUCUCUAAUCCAUACUCACCUGCCCAACGUUGAGUCAAAAACAAGCGAGGGUUCCACACCACUAAUGGUGGCGGCUGUCACUGGCAAAUUACGUGCAGUGAAAUGGUUUCUUGAGAAGGGGGCAACUGUAACCUGUAAAGACAAGAGAGGACGGAACACGUUACAUCAUGCCGCACUGGGCGGAGACACUGAUAUUAUAACUCUAAUCCAUACUCAUCUGCCCAACAUUGAGUCCAAAACAGGCGAGGGUCUCACGCCACUAAUGCUGGCGGCUGGCAAUGGCAAAUUACAUGCAGUGAAAUGGUUUCUUGAGAAGGGGGCAACCGUAACCUGUGAAGACAAGAGAGGAUGGAACACGUUACAUUAUGCCACACAGGGUGGAGACACUAAUAUUUUAUCUCUAAUCCAUACUCACCUGCCCAACAUUGAGUCAAAAACAAGCGAGGGUAGCACGCCACUAAUGAUGGCGGCUGGCAAUGGCAAAUUACAUGCAGUGAAAUGGCUUCUUGAGAAGGGGGCAACUGUAACCUGUGAAGACAAGAGAGGAUGGAACACGUUACAUCGUGCCGCACAAAGCGGAGAAACUGAUAUUAUAUCUCUAAUCCAUUCUCACCUGCCCAACAUUGAGUCAAAAACAGGCGAGGGUUCUACGCCACUAAUGGUGGCGGCUGGCACUGGCAAAUUACAUGCAGUGAAAUGGUUUCUUGAGAAGGGGGCAACUGUAACCUGUGAAGACAAGAGAGGAUGGAACACGUUACAUCGUGCCGCACAAAGCGGAGAAACUGAUAUUAUAUCUCUAAUCCAUUCUCACCUGCCCAACAUUGAGUCAAAAACAGGCGAGGGUUCUACGCCACUAAUGGUGGCGGCUGGCACUGGCAAAUUACAUGCAGUGAAAUGGUUUCUUGAGAAGGGGGCAACUGAAACCUGUGAAGACAAGAGAGGACGGAACACGUUACAUCAUGCCGCACUGGGCGGAGACACUGAUAUUAUAUCUCUAAUCCAUACUCACCUGCCCAACAUUGAGUCAAAAACAAGCGAGGGUAACACGCCACUAAUGGUGGCGGCUGGCACUGGCCAAUUACAUGCAGUGAAAUGGUUUCUUGAGAAGGGGGCAACUGUAACCUGUGAAAACAAGAGAAGAUGGAACACGUUACAUCUUGCUGCACAGGGCGGAGACACUGAUAUUAUAUCUCUAAUCCAUACUCACCUGCCCAACAUUGAGUCAAAAACAGGCGAGGGUCUUACGCCAUUAAUAGUGGCGGCUGGCGCUGGCAAAUUACAUGCAGUGCAAUGGUUUCUUGAGAAGGGAGCAACUGUAACUGUUGAGAGCCAUGGAUGGAAUAUAUUACAUUUUGCCGCACUGGGCGGUGACCCUGAUACCAUUGAUCUUAUCCUUACUCAUCUGCCGGACAUUGAGUCAAAAACAGCUGGUGGUGAAACACCUCUUAUCAUUGCUGUUCGUGAGCGCAAGCUGCAGGGUGCAAUGUGUCUUCUUGAGAGGGGAGCCAAUCCUUCGGCUAAAGAUAACAAAGGACAGGACUCUUUACAUCAUGCCUCAUCAUGUGACUCAGAUUUCUUUGACUUGCUGCUGAGUCACUUG